AUGCGACUCUUGAACGUCCUUACCCGCGAGCUCAAGGAAUUCAGCGAUACCAAUCGACCCCCUUGCGUGAUCGUUUCCCACCGCUGGGGUGCCGACGAGGCCACGUACCGGGAUGUCCGCAGCAUGCGGAACACGAACAAAGCAGGCUUCAGAAAGAUUCGAAGGUUUUGCCGCUGGGUUCGGGACAACUGUUCUAUCAAAUGGAUCUGGAUCGACACGUGCUGUAUCAACAAAGACAGUGCUACGGAGCUCUCUGAGUCUAUCAACUCAAUGUUUCGCUGGUACACAGAGUCCGAGUUUCUGUCUGGCAUGGCUCCAUGA